CUUUAUUAGUAGAAGGCUUAUGUAUGAUGGUAUGAAGUUUGUUUUGUUGUUCAUUGUCUCCUGAAAAGAGUAAUCUGAUCAGGAAAAAGUGCGUGAAGUGGCUGAUCUUGGAAACAAGAGAAGUCCAUGUGUUUCUGGCCAGAACUUUUGCAUUUCUCAAUGUACAACCCGAAAGGGGGCAUUGAGUCAGAAGUUAGUAGUAAUUUAUGUCUGUGGUUUAACUAACUGCCUGCUGCUAAAACUCAUUGCGGUACUAAGUGACAUUUGAAAUAUUGGCUGACAUCCAGAAAUUACGGCUUCUCAUAUCCAAGCAUUAUACUGAAGAAACUUGUAGUUUAAAUGUAUGAGGAAUACAUAGGAAUAGCCAUAGGGGUAAUAUUGUAUGCCUUUGUGUGCAUAUAUAUGUGGUAUAAAAUUUUCCUUGAAGCCAGAGAAUCUCCACUACCAUCUGAUAUCCCAUUAGUUUCCUAUGUACAGUUGUUAAACAUCUAGGCUAACCUACCUAGAUUGAUUGAGCUGUUGAGAAUUUACAUAGCAGGAUAAACCACAUAAGUCGAGGAUCGCUACCUGAGACUUGGUUUGCUAUGGGAACUAUGUCUACCAAACAAGAAAGGGAAGAAGAGGUUUUCCCAAGAUACCAAUGAAGCGUUUGGUAGAGAUAGAGAAUGGAAAAUGGGCUAUCAAGAAUGCUGCAUCCAUAUUAAAGAAAGCUGGGAUGCCAAAAGUUGGUUGCUUAGAUGCCCAACGGUGGAGAAAGUUUAUGGUUGAGGAAAAGGAAUGGAUACAGAAGCAUGGAUAUGAGAAGCAGGUUAAAGCCUGGUUGAACACGUCAACUAAUCAUGAUCCCUUAUAUAAUGCUCAAGAUGAUGAUUAAUUUACGUGUGUAAAGACUGCAACCAUACAAGCCCCAGCAGUACAAGGAGCUGCUGUUGGUGGUGAUGUAUCACCCAAUGUUAUAGCAGAUACGUCAGCCUCCUCAGUGGUUGCAUCUAUAUCCCCUGUUCAGCAGCCGCAGUCUAUGUACCCCCAACUACCAGAUUCAGGAGAUCUGUUAUCCAGUCCAAGUACAGAAUAUGCAGAUAUGUCCAAACUGGAGCAGACUUAUCUCCAGGCACCCCCACCAUAUAACCCUUUGCAGAUAGUGGACCCACCGGAGAAGUGACAGGUACUAUCACCUAUGCCUCCACUUAGGGACAUUAGUGAAGAUGGAUGGAGAUGUGAACAUUGUAACUUUUGUAAUACAGAGUGGGGACGCUUAUGCAGAAGAUGUGAAACACCCAGGCGUGACGAAGUAGAAAUUUGUUAUAGAAACCUGGGAUCACUGAAUCCCCCAGUUAGUGUGAAUCAAGUCAUAGGGUCCCCACAAUGUAUGUCAACCCCUGUAGCUCCGCCUUUACCUUCUGCACAAAAACGGUUAAUCACGCGAUUUACACGUGAAGGCACUGGUAAUAUUUGGCAGAUUAUACAGGCAGAUGAAGUUAAACGUUCCCCUAUGACAUUAAGGUCUGUAGCUUGGAUCUGUAAAUGUAAAACUGCACAUUCCCACAACGUAAUGGAAUGUCCUGCAUGUAGGUCAUUAAAUCCUAAAUGUCCUAUAGUUAUUCCUGAUAUGGGUAUGUAUCCGGUAAUGACUCAGAAUACCCAUACCUGUGAUGCUGCAGGAAACCCUGACAGACUAACACAACAAGUCGAGUGGUAUAAGCCCUGGAGUCAGGGAGAACAGCUUGUGAUGAUAGAAAAGCUUUCGGAUCCUUAUAAAGAUCCGACUGGAUUCUAUAAAGGAAUACAGCGCAUACAGCAGACUUAUGACGCUGUUUGGACAGAUUUGUCCGCUCUUAUAGGGGCCGCGGCAGGAUUGCCGCUAAUAGAAAAGAUAAAGAAGGUAGAGGGAGCAGGUAUAGAACCAAUACCAGUAGGAGCAGAUGCAAAAUUAAAGAAAUCGGGAGAAAUGUUUCUGAAAAGGUUGGAAGUCGUUAUGAAGGAGUUGAAUAGUAAGUUAGGGACUGGUCUGCCAGAAGCUCAUCAGGCAAGUGAUGAAACUACAGAUAAAUAUUACGCACGGAUCACUGGUAUAUUUAAAGAUCAGGACUUUGAUAUUAGAGAUCCAGAUAGCAGAGAUGCUUGAAUACUUAGAACAUGUUUCAUUAAUGGACUAAGGGAGGAAUUGAGAACAGAAUUAAUGAAAGUGAGACCUGAGUGUAUGCAUACAUCACUGGAUAAAUCAAUAGUAGUGAUUCGAAGCAUAGAGGAACAGUUGUUAAAAAGAAAGAAAAAGCAACCAAUUCCUUUGUUCAUAGCAGCAUACGGGAAGCCGAUGCAGUCACAGGAGGGAGGAAGGAGAGAUGGAGGGCGAAUGAAAACAAACAAUAACAAAGGAAAGUCAUAUGAUCAAAGGAAAGGACAGUUCCAUUCCAGAUCCGUCUUCAUUGGAGGGAACGCAUGCGUUAGCCCCUGGAGAUUGGCUUACAGUUAAGAGACAUAUAAGAAAGGCCUUAGACCCUCGAUUUGACGGGCCAUUCCAAGUCCAGUUGACUACACCAACUUCUGUGAAACUAGAAGGGAAGCCUACUUGGAUACACGCUUCACAUUGCAAGAAGCUGGUAAAAAGCUAAAAUGAAUAUAGGGAAGUAUUGGAGAAUAAGCAUUUUGUUUUGCGUCAGUUUUGUUAAUCAGAAUAAAAGCAACAUGAGAUGGGAUAAUAAGUUUAUUAAAUAUCAUCAGGUUGUUGCACAAAUGAAAGAGCUGUCAGAUUGUUGGAUAUGCAGUCAUUCACCUGUGUCUUCCACAUCUAUGCCUUAUGUAGCUAAUCCUCUCCCUGAAACAGAGUUAUUAGAUCUGCUAUGCACAGACCUAAUUCCAUUAAGUCUGGAAACACCCCAUGGAGACACUGCUGUCUCAUUACCAAUAACAGGGUGGGUAAAAUAUCCAUGGUGGCAGGCAAACAUUUCUGAGAAAAUAGGAACCUGGUAUGAGUAUGACGCUACCAAUGAUGGAUGGAAAACCAGACCUGCCAGCAUAUUAGAGGUAGGAGAGAUUCCUACAGAUGAACUAAAGAUAAGUUUCACUGGAGAGGAUACCAAAGUUAAUGAACAAACAAAAAAACUUCGUUAUCAUUUAAAUAAAGAGAUACAUGAUAUUAGCUGGAAUUAUACAGAUUAUUUUGUAACAGGGAAAAAGGGUGAGUGUAAUGGUCUAGGAGCUUAUGAGCCCAGCUAUGGUGAACCUGAAGAAGAUCUAGAAAGCUACAAAGGUGAUGGAAGUGAAUCAAUGAGUAUAGACCCUAAAAGGUCACAAACCCCGAGUAAACGUUGUGGUCCUUUUAUGUAUUUUACAGUUACUUUAGAGGAUAAUCCAAAUUCAUGGUGUGUAUUUGAGAAAACUACUAUGAUUAUUUCUAUAGUUGAUGCAAUGAUUAGAAAACGUCAGUUUCUAUUAAAAGACAAUGUAUAUUGUGUGUGGAAACCGAGCAUUUAAGUGGCUCCCGAGGGGUGCAGGAGGUACCUGUACAUUAGCUAGACGUGAGCAUGCCACUUGGGUAUGGGAAGCAAACGAUCUCCAUUACCAGUAUAUUCCCGGGCAUAUGAUGGUAAAACGAGAUGUUGAAAAUAUGAUGUUACCAACCAUCCCCCCUAAACCUUCCUAUUUUAACCAUCCUAAUAAAUUAAUUCAUGCAGAUCCAUCUACAUGGGAAAAGAUGGGAAUGUAUCUUCCAUAUUUGAGCACUUAUUAUUUGUCUACUGGAGUCUUAAAUAAUGCAAAACAGAUUGAGGAUAUUGGAGAAUUGUUUGAUAAUGUUACUAGUUAUCGAUUUGAUGCAAUUGAAAUAAACUCUGUAUAUCUGAGGCAAGUUAUUAUUAUUGAAAAUCAGCAUACAGUUGUCUUAGAUUAUCUUACAGCAGCUCAAGGAGGAUUAUGUCAAGUAGUAGGACCGUCCUGCUGCCAUUAUAUAGAUCCAAAUGGGCUGUUCCAAGUGACGCAUGAUUUACAGCAGGCAAGUAAACUAAAGGAAGGAUUCCGGGAGGCGCAUCAAGCCCCGCCAUGGUUAUCAUGGCUCAAUCCACUGAAUUGGUUUCAAGGAAUAGGAGGAUGGUUUUCAGGAGUAUUUCAUAUGCUAAUACAAGGAUGUUUUCUUAUUUUUGUUAUCUU